GUUUCUUUGUAGGAUUUUACAUUAUAAAAGGAGAGUUUCUCAUAUGCUUUGAAACAAAGUAAGAACGAAGUCUUGUUUCUAGCCAAGUAAGUUGGCAUCUUUGUAGGCAGGAGACAUAACACUGGUAAAUAUUUACUGCAGGAUUCUUAACCAGGGAAAACUCUGGCAUGUUCUUAGAGGAGUAAAUGUUUUACAUGUGAGGCGAGAUCUUCGUGGGCCUCUGUGUUCUUUCCAAGUGACUUCUGGAGACAGUUUUAGACAACUGGCUAAGACAAAAUGCCCUGUGAUCCCCUGAGCUGCAGCCAAAUUGUUGGUACCAUGUCUAGCGCACAAAGGAAAGACGACAGCCACCUGUUCACCAGUUUGGGCGCAUGUCAGCUGAAUAUGCAGAAGGACCAGCAACAGCAAGAAAAAUAUGUCAUUGCUCAACCAAUAUUUGUUUUUGAGAAAGGAAAACACACUUUCAAGAGACCUGCAGAAGACAGCCUGGACGAGACAGCAGAACGUGAACUCGGAGGUUUCUCAAGAAAGCGUGUAAGGUCUUCAUCUGUCACACUCCAUACUACAGAUUCUCACUCUCCAGGAGUGACAGCUUUGUCUCAGAUGCGCCUGAGGUCUUCAUCAUUCACUGAUGUCCCAGCCUUCCCCCCCUCUGGCCCAGUGAGGAAAAACAAUGUUUUUAUGACAUCAAGUCUGGUGCAAAGGAAUAUUGACAUAAACAGUGUAGAGCAAGGUCCUGUGAGACCUUCCGAGCACGUUCUAAGGCCUGCUAUUCUGCAGCUCCCUCAAGCUCAAAGCUGCGAAAACAUAAGCAAAACAUCUGGGCAUGGUGCAUCAAAAUCCUACAAAAUUAAGGGAAAUACUAAACACAAGAUAUCUGAGUUGAACUCUAGUUUGAGAAGUGAAAAUUUACCACGUGCCAGAUGUUCAGUCCAGCUGUCUGCUGACACCUCAGAGGCAACAUCAGGAUGCCAACCAAAGGAAGAUAAGUGUUCUUUUAAAAGCUGCAGUUCUGACUUCGUUUUUGGAGAAAACAUGGUAGAAAGAGUUUUGGGCACUCAAAAGCUCACCCAGCCUCCUCUUCAAAACCAUUCAUAUGCCAAGGAAAAAACAUUCAGAUCUGUUCUGAAAUUCCCUGACACUGCUUCAGAACCAAGCUCUAUUAAAAACAUAUCCCUAAUUGAAUCAGCUGCUGCUUUUUCUUCCAAACCAUCACAAAAAUGCUUGCUUGAGAAAAUUGAUGUUGUAACAGGAGAAGAAAUGGAACAUAAUGUGUUAAAGAUCAACUGCAAGAUCUUUGUGUUCACCAAAAUAACCCAAUCCUGGACUGAAAGAGGCAGAGGACUUUUGAGACUGAAUGACAUAGCAAGCAGUGACUGUGGAUCACUACAGUCAAGACUAAUCAUGCGUAACCAAGGUAGUCUGAGGCUGAUCCUCAACAGCAGGCUCUGGACUCAGAUGAAGAUUCAGAGAGCAAAUCACAAAAAUCUGAGGAUAACUGCAACUGAUUUAGAAGAUGAUGGUAUAAAAGUGUUUUUAAUUCAGGCUAGUGCCAAAGACAUAGGCUAUCUGUAUGCAGCAAUACAUCACCGUCUUGUUGCCCUUCGAAGCCUCAGGAAGCAGGCUGAUGGCGAUUCAGCAGAAAGCCAGUCAGACACAGUCCUCCAGCAGCUCAGCUCUGAUGAGGAUGAGGAUGACUUCAUACAAAUCUCUAAAAACGGAUCAGCUCUACAAGGCAGCUACUGUUUUAUAGAUGAAGAAAUAGACUCAGAAAGGUUAAGCAACCAGUCCAAAGGUUCACACAGCAAAAUACACAUUAAAGCUGGGACUUGUACGGCCCAAACUCUUCAUUACACAACAGCAGAUGAAUUCACCAAGGGGAAUGAAGUGGGGGCAGCAAGUGAGAGGAAGAAUGCUAGAAGAGGCAAUGUUGGGAGCUACAUCGCAGAGAUGGGUCUAGGAAGAACCCAAGAUGGCAAACUGAGCGGAGGAAGAAACGCCAUUAGGGGUUGGUGUGCUGACAAACAACAGCCAAAUUCUUCAACGAAUCGAGCCCAGUCAGUGCUUCCAAUAACCAAGCCAUUUAAGGACUGCAUGGUAUCUUCUGAGUUUCAAUCUGGUCAUUUGGGCUCUACAUCUUCACUUGGCAUUAAGCCCCGAAAACUACACCUCCUGGUGCAAGGUCGGUGUCCCCACCUCUUACCGCAGCUAGCCUGCAGACACUGGAUAAAAUUCACCCAAGACAAGCCCAGGACCAGAAAGCCAGGCAAUAAUGAAGGCUCCGAGGUGAAGAUGCUCAGGGACCUAGCUUUCCCGCCAGAAGCUCAAAACUCCACCCGCACCCCCAAGCCGCUUCAGACCGGUUCCAGCUGGAUUUCUUCGGGCAGCUCAAACGCCGAAUAG